GAUAACCUGAUUUUUAGUUUUUAAUUAACUUCGGCCGUCCGUCUCAAAAUCUAGAUUUUCAGAAAUCGGAGAGAUGGGAUUGGCCCAGUCGGCGACGAAGGGGGUGAGGACCAAGCUCACCAGCGCGGCCGAGUUCGACUCAGCUUGCGGCUCUGCUUACGCCCACUGCCUUUCCCUUACUCAGCACGCAUUUGAAGGAGUCCUCCCCUACCAGCUCCUCACCGCUGCCUCCCACCUCCACCAGACCCUCACAUCUAUCCACCCCCUCCCCCUCAUCUGCCGAUGGGUCCCUUCUCCUCCUACUCGCGCCCAGGUCGACUCUGCUUUACGAGCUGUAAUCGGCCACCAAAGACCAGAAGGGGAGGAUAAGAUGCUAGUGCUUGGGUCGGCUCAAUUCAGGGAAUGGGCCAUCGUGUUAUUCGCAGACGCGGUUGUGGGGAAUGCCGGGAAGGCGGUUUUGAAGAGAGUGCCAAUUGGAGUAGCCGGAAUUGUCGGGAUUGGAGCAGUAGCCAGGCCGGGGAAGGAGGUUAUUGGAACGUUGAUGGGAGUAUACACUCUGGGAGUGGUAACUUCUAUCUACCUCGGGUUGUCUGGUUAAUUGCUUUGCUCAUGGAAAUUUUCUUGUAAAUAGUUUAUUCAAGAAAAGAGAAAAAAAAAAUUGUAUCUUUACUUUACUCUCUUUGCAAGAAUCUACUGAACUAGUUCUUUCAUAAAUGGAGUAGAAACUGUAAUUUGGGAAUGAAAGAAUGAAGCUUUUUGCAUUAG